AUGGUGACCAUCAACGGCAUCGGCCUUGUCAUUGAGGGUGCCUACAUCAUCAUCUUCAUCAUCUACGCGGCCAAGAACACAAGGUGGAAGAUUCUCGGCGUGCUAGCCCUCGAGGCGGCGUUCAUGGCUGCCGUGGUGGCUGGCGUGCUCCUCGGUGCCCACACCCAUGAGAAGCGCUCCAUGAUCGUGGGCAUCCUCUGCGUCAUCUUUGGCUCUAUCAUGUACGCCUCCCUGCUCACCAUCAUGGGUAAAGUGAUCAGGACCAAGAGUGUGGAGUACAUGCCAUUCUUCCUGUCGCUGGUGAACUUCCUCAAUGGCUGCUGCUGGACGGGCUAUGCGCUCAUCAAGUUUGACAUCUACAUCACGAUCCCCAAUGCCCUCGGUACAAUCUUCGGCCUCAUCCAGCUGAUCCUGUACUUUUACUACUACAGAUUGACCCCCAAGAAGGGCAAGAACGUCGAACUGCCCACUGUCCUCACCAAAAACGCCGUUACCCGCGGCAACGUCUCCGUCACCAUCGAAAAAUAA